ACUCCGGCAUUCAGCUGAGAUAGGAGGCGGGUCGCGGGUUGUCAUCGUGAGCGGACACUUUUCUUCGCUUCGUAAUCUUUUUUUCUGUUUGAAAAUUGAAGUAAUUUUUAUCGAGACAGAAUGGCAGCUGUGACAGGGCCAGUGCUACAGGGAGUUGGCCAAACAAUCCUAGUUUUAUCAGGGAAAGGUGGAGUUGGGAAGAGCACAGCAACCGUUCAGAUAGCAGCCACACUUCGGGCAAAAGGGCAUAGAGUUGGUAUUUUGGAUGUUGACCUCUGUGGCCCCUCAAUACCACGAAUGGUUGGGGUCGAAGGGAAGGACGUCCUAACAACUCCAGAAGGCAAUUGGGUUCCAGUCUAUGCUGAUGAAGAAAAAAGAUUAAGCGUUAUUUCCAUUGCAUUUUUCCUAGACUCAAAAACUGAAGCUGUCAUUUGGAGAGGUCCAAAGAAAAAUGCAAUGAUCAAGCAGCUGUUAACAAGUGUAGCUUGGGAUGUAGACUACCUUAUAGUGGACACUCCUCCAGGGACUUCAGAUGAACAUAUAUCUGUUAUGGAAAACAUCAAGUCAGCUCCAGUUAUGGGUGCUGUUCUUGUCACAACACCUCAAAUGGUGGCUGUGGAUGAUGUUAACAGAGAAUUGACAUUCUGCAAGCGAACAGGCAUAAAUGUACUUGGUAUCAUUGAGAAUAUGUCUGGAUUUGUGUGUCCCAGUUGUUCAGAAUGCAGCAACAUCCUUGCAACGGGAGGAGGAGAACAACUUGCAGCCAAGGCUAAAGUGUCCUUUUUAGGCCGAGUACCAAUUGACCCAAAUCUUGUCAGAUGUACAGAAGAAGGAAAAAACUUCUUAGAUAUGUUUACUAGUUCUCCAGUAAGCGAGGUUUACCGCAACAUAAUUUGCCAACUCGUAGGAGAGGACCAAGAGGAAAUGGAAGUGGAAAAUUAAAUGGUUUCUAUAUUAAUCCUCAGAUUUAGCUUUUUUUUCCACCAAAUAAUUUUGUUUAUUUGUAUAAAAUGAAGAUUAAAUGUAAUAGAAUUUGAUAAUAAAAUAAGGGAAAUUGU